AUGGUGUCUCCUUGGUGCCGGGUCAGCCCCAUUUUUGCUUUUCCGGUUAGAGUCCUCCUUGGCCUUAGUGAUUUUUCGGGCCUUGGGGAGGUAGCUAAAGAGGCGUUCCAUGGGAUUCUAAUAGUUGGGGCGUGGUGUAUAUGGAGGGCCCGUAAUAACAAGAGAUUUAAUAAUGCUCUUAAGACGGCUCAUGACAUUUUUUUAGACAUUAAAAGCCUUAGAUUCCUUUGGUAUAGAAAUAGAUCAAAAAAUAAAGCCAUUAGUUGGGCCAAUUGUUGUUUCAAGUGCGGUGAGAAUGGUCACAUGUCUCGAGAAUGCCCUCAGGCUGGUGGUGGAGGCGGAGGUGGAGGCUAUGGUGGUGGUGGUGGGGGUGGUGGUUGGAGUUCAUCCGGAGGUUGGAGCACUGGUAAUCAGGCUGGGGGAUGGGGUAGUACCAAAGCUUCUGAUGCUGAUGUUGGAAAAAAGGAUGAUGGCGGAGGUGGUUGGGGCAACAGCAGCGGUGGCGGAGGAAGCGGUUGGGGCGGCAGCAGCGGUGGUGGAGGAAGCGGUUGGGGCGGCAGCAGCGGUGGCGGAGGAGGUGGUUGGGGCGGUGGUGGUGGUGAUGAGACAGGUAAUUUCGUUUUCUUUUUUAUAACAAUUUAUGUGCAGUGCGGUGAGAGUGGACAUAUGUCUCGGGAAUGCCCUCAGGGCGGGGGAGGUGGUGGUGGUGGCGGUGGAAGAAGUUGUUACAAGUGUGGCGAGAGUGGGCAUAUGUCCCGUGAAUGUCCACAGGGUGGGGGCGGUGGCAGUGGUGGUGGAGGUGGCAGAAAUUGUUUCAAGUGCGGUGAGAGUGGUCACAUGUCUCGAGAAUGCCCUCAGGCUGGUGGUGGAGGCGGAGGCGGAGGCGGAGGUGGGGGUGGGGGUUGGAGUUCAUCCGGAGGUUGGAGCACUGGUAAUCAGGCUGGGGGAUGGGGUAGUACCAAAGCUUCUGAUGCUGAUGUUGGAAAAAAGGAUGAUGGCGGAGGUGGUUGGGGCAACAGCAGCGGUGGCGGAGGAAGCGGUUGGGGUGGCAGCAGCGGUGGCGGAGGAAGCGGUUGGGGCGGCAGCAGCGGUGGAGGAGGAAGCGGUUGGGGCGGCAGCAGCGGUGGCGGAGGAGGUGGUUGGGGCGAUGGUGGUGGUGAUGAGACAGGUAAUUCCGUUUUCUUUUUUAUUCACACAAGUAUGAAGCACUAA